UAUCUAAUGCUUUACACUAGAUUUGCAAAUGAUGUAACGUGAGUAACGUAACAUGCGAUCUAGUUUCCUGGAUGUUGUCUGUUUACAUGAUCCCAUAUCAAUGUGUCAUUGUUUUCUUCUUUAAGACCUGGUAUUUCAUUUUAAAAUGGCUACUACAUAUAAGCCCAAGAACAUUCUCAUAACUGGAGCUGCUGGAUUUAUUGCUUCUCAUGUUGCCAACAGACUAAUCCGUAGCUAUCCAGAUUACAAGAUCGUUGUCUUGGACAAGCUUGAUUACUGUUCAGAUCUCAAGAAUCUCAACCCUUCGCAUUCUUCUCCAAACUUUAAGUUUGUCAAAGGAGAUAUCGCUAGUGAUGACCUCGUUAGCUACCUUCUCAUCACUGAAAACAUCGAUACCAUCAUGCACUUUGCUGCUCAAACCCAUGUUGACAACUCCUUCGGUAACAGCUUUGAAUUUACCAAGAACAAUAUAUACGGUACUCAUGUUCUUCUUGAAGCCUGUAAAGUAACAGGACAGAUCAGGAGGUUUAUCCAUGUGAGUACCGAUGAAGUCUAUGGAGAAACAGAUGAGGAUGCUGCUGUUGGAAACCAUGAAGCUUCUCAGCUUUUACCGACGAAUCCAUACUCAGCUACUAAGGCUGGUGCUGAGAUGCUUGUGAUGGCUUAUGGUCGAUCAUAUGGAUUGCCUGUUAUCACUACCCGUGGGAACAAUGUUUAUGGGCCUAACCAGUUUCCUGAGAAAAUGAUUCCUAAGUUCAUGUUGUUAGCUAUGAGUGGUAAGCCACUUCCGAUCCAUGGAGAUGGAUCUAACGUCAGGAGUUACUUGUACUGUGAAGACGUAGCUGAAGCCUUUGAGGUUGUUCUUCACAAAGGAGAAGUUGGUCACGUGUACAACAUCGGAACAAAGAGAGAAAGAAGAGUGAUUGAUGUGGCGAGAGACAUCUGCAAACUUCUAGGGAAAGAUCCUGAAUCAAGCAUUCAGUUUGUGGAGAAUCGACCUUUUAAUGAUCAGAGGUACUUCCUUGAUGAUCAGAAGCUGAAGAAUCUGGGUUGGUCGGAGAGAACCGGGUGGGAAGAUGGGUUGAAGAAGACAAUGGAAUGGUACACUCAGAACCCUGAGUGGUGGGGUGAUGUCUCUGGAGCUUUGCUUCCUCAUCCGAGGAUGCUUAUGAUGCCUGGUGGAAGACUCUCGGAUGUUUCUGAUGAGAAGAAAGACGCGUCGAGCAACACCGUUCAGACAUUCACGGUCGUAACACCUAACAACAAGACUGCUGGUUCUAAUGACAAAGCCUCGUUAAAGUUUUUGAUCUAUGGUAAGACUGGGUGGAUCGGUGGUCUUCUAGGGAAACUAUGUGAGAAGCAAGGGAUUACAUAUGAGUAUGGGAAAGGACGUUUGGAGGACAGAGCUUCUCUUAUUGCUGAUAUUCGUAGCAUCAAGCCGACUCAUGUGUUUAACGCUGCUGGUUUGACCGGGAGACCUAACGUUGACUGGUGUGAAUCUCACAAAGCCGAGACCAUUCGUGUCAAUGUCGCUGGUACGUUGACUCUUGCAGAUGUUUGUAGAGAGAGUGGUCUCUUGAUGAUGAAUUUCGCCACCGGUUGCAUCUUUGAGUACGAUGCUGCACAUCCUGAGGGUUCUGGUCUUGGCUUCAAGGAGGAAGACAAGCCCAACUUCACUGGUUCUUUCUACUCCAAAACCAAAGCCAUGGUCGAGGAGCUUUUGAGAGAGUUUGACAAUGUAUGUACUUUGAGAGUCCGGAUGCCAAUCUCAUCAGACCUAAAAAACCCACGAAACUUCAUCACCAAGAUAUCACGCUACAACAAAGUGGUGAACAUCCCGAACAGCAUGACCAUACUAGAUGAGCUACUUCCAAUCUCCAUCGAGAUGGCAAAGAGAAACCUGAGAGGGAUAUGGAACUUCACCAACCCAGGGGUGGUGAGCCACAACGAGAUACUGGAGAUGUACAAGAGUUACAUCGAGCCUGGAUUUAAAUGGUCCAACUUCACAGUUGAAGAACAAGCUAAGGUCAUUGUUGCUCCUCGAAGCAACAAUGAAAUGGAUGGUGCUAAACUAAGCAAGGAGUUCCCAGAGAUGCUACCUAUUAAAGAGGCACUGAUCAAAUACGUUUUUGGACCAAACAAGAGAACCUGAGCCCUCAAUGAACAAUACACUAUUUGCCACAAGUGCUUACCUAUAACUGUUUCUUUUUUUCCCUUUCUUUUUACAAAAAUGCCUUUUUAUUUUUGCUCGCUCGUCAUCUUACAUCCUUGUAAGUAGUUUCACUAUAUUGAUUCUACAAAAAUAUAUGAUUUAUCAUUACUAUUUAUAGAGACGAGAGUUCUUCAUUCUCUCAAA